AUGAGUGUCUCCGAAUCUGCGCCAAGUGUUCCAAAAAAAAAAUUGUUUCGCAAAGAUAAGCCGUGGGACACAGAUGACAUUGACCAUUGGAAGAUCGAGCCUUUUCUUCCGGAACAUUCGUCUGGCCACGUUUUAGAAGAGUCAUCAUUUGUCAUUCUAUUCCCAAAGUACCGCGAAACUUAUCUCCGCGAAAUUUGGCCACAGCUAACCAAGAUUUUAGACAAUGUUGGCGUUUCUUGCCUUUUGGAUCUUAUUCAAGGAUCCAUGAGCGUCAAAACCACUCGAAAGAUGCACGACCCAUAUAUCAUCAUCAAGGCCAGAGAUGUUCUCAAACUCCUGGCACGAAGCGUGCAGCUUCCUGCAGCCAUUCGUGUACUGGAGGACGGAACAACGAUGGACAUUAUUAAGAUUGGUAAUAUUCUCCGAAAUAAGCAGCGAUUUGUCAAGCGUAGAAUGCGACUUGUCGGUGUCAACGGAUCCACACUUAAGGCGAUCGAGCUAUUGACCAAAUGCUUCAUCUUGGUACAAGGAAAUACAGUGUCUGCGAUUGGCGAUAUUAAGGGGCUAAAAGAGGUCCGAAGAAUAGUCUUGGAUUGCAUGAAAAAUGUACAUCCAAUUUACCACAUAAAGAUCCUCAUGAUUAAGAGGGAGCUAUCAAAAGAUGAGCGGCUCAAAACCGAAAACUGGGAUAGAUUCCUCCCUAAAUAUAAGAAAAAUCUUCAAGCUGCAAAUUCCCCUGCACCAUUUGGUAAGGCUUCAGGCGGCGCAUUUGAUUCUGCCAUGGCGACACACGCUGCGCAAGCGGCCUUUGGACACACAAAAGGCGAAGAAUCAAAAGGAAUUCCAUUUUUAAACAUGGGUGCUAGCGACAAAAAACGAGGCGACAACGAGAAAGAUAAAAGGCCGAGCAAGAGCAAAAGGACAAAGAAUGAAAAGGAAUACACACCUUUUCCUCCGCCGCAGUUGCCGCGGAAGGAAGAUUUGCUACUUGAGUCGGGAGAGUAUUUCUUGAAGCCAAAAAAUAGAAAGCACGACAAAAAACACAAAAGCUCGAAAUCCGAAUCAUCGGCAAAAAAGGCUGCCGAAAAGAGCCUGAAGAAGCUGCAAAAAUUCACGCCUCCAAAGGAAAAGCCAUACUUGCCUGUGUAA